CUUGAGGUUUGUUGACAAUAUGGCAGAAUGGUGUUAGUUUAUGUGUCAUUACGCUAUUUACAAUGAUGAAUCCAGUAUUCAAAUCAUACAGUUGACAUGCAGCUGCUGCUUCAAAAUGCAUGAACUUUUUACGCAAGUUCUGUCGCACAAGGAUCUCUCAAAGGCUGGUGACUUAUUCAAUGUAUCCGAUCAUGUGAUUGUGAACGAUCUAACCGACGUGAUCAAUAAGAUCCGGGAGAUUGCCAGCUUGCCAGAAUACACACGCAAUGACAAUGACCAGAGUGUUGUGGAAAUAUGCAUCACCCGGGUCACUUCCGCCAUCAGGGAAACUGGCAGCAUUGAGCAGCAUGCGGAGGCCCUUGUGGCUCUCCUGCAGACUUGCCUCAAUCACAACCUCCGUCCCUCAAGUCGCGAUAGUGACCCGCCACAUGCAAAAAUUGCUUCUGAUGUUGUGUCUUGUAUAUUCCUGAACUACCACAAGCGGGAAGUGAUGGCGCUGGCUCUCCCAGUGGCGGUGAAGUUCCUUCAUAAAGGAAACAAGGAGCUGAGCCGCAACAUGAGUUCCUACCUCUCCCUGGCAGCUAUCGAGGCAGCUGAUCUUCUAGCCAUGCACAUACAACCUAUCAUAGACUCUGUUAUCUCAGGCAACUACUCCCUGUCUCGAGUUCUGCCCCAGAUAUAUGCUGUCAAGAAGGAACCUAUCCAUGACCAUGUUAUGACUUUGGUUUCCCUUCUGCCGCAGUGUGAUACCAAUGAAAAACUUGGACUUCUCAUGCUCUUUUCCCUUGUUGCCAAGAACAGACCUGCGCUGCUAGAACCAUCAUUACCACAACUAGUAGAGUGUCUCAGCAUAAGUGGUACUUCUAUGGCCACGCUACAGAUAUUUGUAGAGUUGUGCUCUUGGCGGCCAGGCCCCUUCACAGAGCAUGUGACCAGAUUAAAGAGCAUUAUUGAACAGCAGCCUCAUUGUUUGGCACUAGCUCUACAGGUAAUGGCAGCUGUGGGCAGACUCAGCAAAGAGAAGGGCAAGAGCGCUCUUGACUACAUUGCUCAGCAGCUCCCAAAAGUUGACUCCGCAAAUUUGGGAGUUGUACUGAGGGAGGUGCAGGUGUUGUGUAGCCAGUACCCGGCUCUUUUGGUGGAGUCAGAGUCCUUGCUCACUGCCGUCAACAAGUGCAUGGACCGUGCCAAUGUAUCCGCGCGGGUGUAUAUCCAGCAGCUAAAUAAUGAGUACAAUGAAAUUAGAAAUACUAAUGUUAACCAUACACCUGGAGGCGUAACAAUUGUGCGUGUGGGUGGAGGGGGUGGUAAUAGAACAGAAACCGUGGUUGGGUCCAGUCGAACAGACAUCAGCCUGCCCUCACGAGAUCUUGCCAUCUUUCAACCACACACUUCAAACACGGCCAAUGCAGGGAAGUUUGGCCACAAGUAUCAGAAGCAUAGUGAUACCUCUCGUAGCACCGGACGUCUGGUCACAGCUUCAAAUAGGUCCAUGCCCAGGCUGAAUGCUUUACCACAGAGCACUGGCCGUCUAGGUUCCUCUACAAUCCAGCUUGACAAAUCCAUGACACGCAUCAGUUCAUCUCAUGGCUUGCAUAUGAAUCGAUCCAUAACAGUGUUAGCACCUCCCUCCCGUCUGUUUUCUGGUCAUUUGGGGCCAAGUUCUGGCCACCUCCCAGGGUCAACCAUAGGCCACCACAUGGGGGGCUCACAGGUUGGGGGUUCACAAAUAGGGGGUUCACGUUUGGUGUCAAGUCCACCACCUCCAGCUGGGGUUCCAAUGUCCACAGUCUCACCAUUGCCUGGUACAGUAAGCCCAGCAAAAAGCAUGAGUUCCUCUUUAGCAACACUGAGAGAAGGAACUGGAGAGCUUGGGGCAUCUUCCGGUGUUUUAGGAUCCCAUCAGUCUCAGGCUACCUUGCUGCCCCCUGAUGUGUCCCAGAGCACGGCAGUCACACACACAGGGCAUCAUACACUCUCACUCCCAUUGCACUUAUCGUCUAGAGAGCUUGCCCCCUCCACUUCACCAGCCCCGGUGUCCAGUGUCGGGAGUGUCGUCUCUCACCUCCGACACUCCCAGUCCCCACUCUCUUUACCCCCUUCCACAGCCUCCAUCUCGCCCGCCCCUACCACUGCAACCACUACACUACACUCUCCCACUGUGAGUUCUGUCACAACCAGUCAUGCAGUGGCAACAAGGUCCAAUACCACAUUAACACACAUCACCCAUGAUCCUCACACCACUACAACAAAUGCAUGUACACAGAGAAUCAGUGUCUUUGAGCCCUUUGCUAUGCGUGAUACAGUCCAACACUUCUGUGAGAAACAUCUUGAUAAAAUCAAGGCAUACAUGCAGAAGGUUUUUGUCAAACUUCCUCUACCAAUACGCUGUGGUAUAGAAGAGAGGAAGAACAAGAAGCAUGCCAAGCUUUACUUUGCCUGUCAGGGGAAAGGGGAGCACUGCCUCUAUAGCAAACAUUUCUUCACCAUGAAAACCAGAAACCCAAGGAUUUGGAUACACCUCAUGUUCCUAGCACUUCAGGCACGUUCAUCUGUAGCACUUAGCACUCGAGAAACACAAGUGAGCAGUCUCAAGAAUUGCUGGGAUAUACUUAAAUGUGACACAAAGACGUUUGUAACUUUGGUAACCUCAGCAUUCCCAUCAGCAAAGGUGAAUAACUAUGACAUUUUUACAGACAUGGACAUGCUGUUACAUGAGUUACGAACAAGGUUUUGAUGUGUGUUCGAGUACAAUGGUGUUGAACAGCAGUGGGGUUGCUUUCUCUGUAACCAUCCUGAUCGGGCGCGGGGCUUUGUCGAUGAGGACACGCCAGUGAUAGAGGGACAACUCAAAGAGAAGAAGAGCAAGUGGAAAAUUUUCCGCAGGUGGCGAACCAGGUACUUCACGCUCUCAGGGGCUCAUCUGUCCUAUAGGGGGGCUGGCACGGAACAGGACAAGGUGGAAGAAAAGGGAGGAAUUGACGUGCACCAGAUACGCAGUGUGAAGGUGAACAGAGGCGGCAGCAGACACAUUCCCAAAGCAUUUGAAAUAUUUACAGAUAACAAGUCAUUUGUUCUUAAGGCUAAGGAUUCCAGCAAUGCAGAGGAAUGGGUACGAUGUCUCUCCAUUGUUGUUGCCCAUUCGCACUCACGGGAAGAGCAGAGCCAUGGCGCUCCCAAGACUACCACAUCCAUUCCUCGUAGCUUCAUGUACGGACACCACUCCUCUACUAUGCGCACAGCUGUGUAGACACGGCCAACCCAGUAGUUUCGGAGGGCAGCUUGUUAUUGUUAUUUUUUUAAUUAUUUUCCAAAAUCUCUGUAUGUAGAACCCUUUUUAGGGUAUAAAAAGAUUAUCUAUUGCUUUUCUUAUCUGUUUUGCCUCAGAAAUGAAGUGCUUUAUGGAAUUAAUAGAAGAAAGUGUUUUAGAAUGACCAAUUAUCUUAUUCAUGCUUUUCUUUUCUUGAUUCUAAAUGAUAGGUUUUUAUUUUUAUAGAAUUGUAAUGGCAAUUUUUAAAUGAUUUAAAACAGUUUAACUUUA